UGUUGCUGCCGUGCCGGCCCGUGCCCCUACGAAUCGGGCCGGUAUGGACCCUGUGUUGCGCGCACGCCUUCAAAGGAUCGCCAACGUGGUGGACCCGUACGGUGACACGCCGUGCCAGACCACCUCGGCUCGAGAUGAGGAGCCGCCGUCAACGGCUUCCCGAGAUCUUGGCGACGAUAUGGGUUGGUGCACGUGCGGUCUAUGCGUGGCCAGUGCAAAUCCGGAGGAGAAUGUGUGCUGCAUGGAGCUUGAGGAAGUUUUUGCGAAAGGCAACGAGGACUACAUCACACGGCAUGCGUAUUUCCCGAGCAUUUGUCUUAAUCCUGGAGUCCUCGAGGCAGCUUACUACGCUUUUCAAGAGCUCGGUGUGCAAAUCGAAGGAGAAUUGCAUAAGAAGUACCGCUUCGUGGCCUACCGCCUGUUUACGAAGUGGAUCUGGAGGCGUCUUGGCAGGGGAAACAGAGUCGUGCUGCCUGCUUGUGUUGUCGCGCGCAUUCGACAAGAAUUUCCGUCUGCGGUUUACGGUUCCAUGCGGGACAUCGACCACCAAUCGAGAGGGAAGCGGCAGAAGCCGAAAGAGAAGCAGCAGAAGCCGAAAGAGAAACGGCAGAAGCCGAACGAGAAGCGGCAGAAGCCGAGGCAGAUAAACGAAAGCACGAGCUUGAAAUGA